AUCUAUUCCAUUUGCAUCUCUUACACGGGCAUGGCAUCCAUUAACAUGACAACUUUACCUGUUGUUUUGGAUACGGGAAGUACAUUAUCAAACGAUUCAAGCAAUUCCCAGAACCUCAAUUCCGCAUCUCAGGCAUAUCGUGAUUCGAUCCGUGCCUAUACCACCACUCAGGACAUCUGUAACUCUCUCUUCCCGGGAAACGAUUUGAGCAGGUUCGAAUUACUACUUCGCCAAGGUACCGAAAGAAUACCUACACAACUGGCUGCUGAUGAUUUUGUAACGUUGUACCGGUUCUCUUCUCAAGGAGAUAGAGAAGUCAAGCCGCUGAGAAGCGUCUCCGAAUUGCAUGACAAUUUCAACGACGUCCAGUCGGCGCCAUCUGCAUCUCAGGGGACAAACGAAUCAACGAUGUUAUUUCUGAGAGGUUUUCCAGCACCGGACUGGAUAGCUGCUAUCGGAGCAAAAUUCCAAGUCGAUCCAUGUUUCUUCUCAGGGCACAUGGCACUUCCGUCGGCCCUGAACGAUCGGCAUUUGACUUUUUCUCGGCCUCUGCUACCAUCGACAGCUUCAAAUUUUCUGCGACUUCGUUACGUCUCAAUCGGCAUGAGACCAACUGAGGAUAAAGUAGGCCAGGAGGACAUGAACAAGUCAAGGAGGGAUGCAGAAAACAAGAUGAAAAAAUAUCACGAUAACCUUGGUAUUCCAAAGCACAGGAAAGCCGGCGAUGCAAUCGUGAGGUUGUACCACUUACACAACGAGCAAUAUUUCUCGGUUGAACAAGAUAUCACCAUAUGUAAGCUGCAUACAGCUUGGGGCUGGCUCAGUCUUGUAUGCAUCGACUCCGGAAACGACCUUUCUGAAGGACCUGAAGGACCUUGGCGUGAAUCUAGAGAUUAUUCCAGGAGAUCAGGAUUCAUUCCAACCAUUCAGCAUGUCCCCGGAAUUGCUUUGAACUACCACUGGCGUAGUAUGACAAUCCCGAAAGAACGGCAUUUGAAAGGCAACUUCAACCAGAGCGCGUCACUGUUGGUUCACAACUACGGGCAAUCGCUUGACAAAGCUUUGGCAUCCGUUGAUCCGUUCUACGCUCUGAAUGAGCUGUACUCAUUUUCGGCCCACUCAAUUUGUCAGUUCCUCAACCUCAUCGACUCCAUAAUCAUGGUCGAAACUGGGUACGGAUUCGCCGAUGACCGGAAAUUCAGUCAACUGAACCUAUCAUAUCAUCAAGACAUUUUGAUUGAGCAGGCGAGGGUACUGCAGGACAUCAUCCGCGAUAUCGAAUCUCAAGGUGGUUCAAUGACGCAUUCAGUCAUGCGACAAGCGCAAACACCUCCUGUCGAUAUACCUCGCAGUAGAUUGUUGACUGAUUUCCAAGAACUUCUUGCGCGGACUGAGCGUUUGACUCAGCGUUGUGCUAGUGGGAUGAACGUGGUCAUGAACCGGGCAAUGAUUGCGGAGUCAAAGCGUGCCAUUUCGCAGGCGAGGAAAAUCGAACAACUGACGUGGUUAGCAUCGUUUUACAUCCCUCUGUCUUUCAUGACGUCUUUCUUCGCAAUGGAUCUCGGCAACAUUAGAAAACUACCUUUAUGGUUGUGGUUUGCGACAUCGAUCCCUGUGUUACUGCUAUCGUUUGUAGGUGUCCGAUUGUUGCGACGGUACUUUUCCAAACCUCUUGACGAGGCGGGCUGAGUCAAACCCGAAUUUUCUUAUCAAGAAUUGGUCACGUCUAAGGAUAGGUGCCAAGAGAUUACUUGCCUGGUUUUGAUUCGCUUGAUUUCAAUAAAACUCGCGCUUUUCUUUUGUUUG